AAUAACCUCAGUUAUAAAACCUACCCCUCUAAUAACCUCAGUAAUAAAACCUACCCCUCUUAUAGCCUCAGUAAUAAAACCUACCACUCUAAUAGCCUCAGUUAUGAAACCUACCCCUCUAAAAGCCUCAGUUAUAAAACCUACCCCUCUAAUAGCCUCAGAUUUAAAACCUACCCCUCUGAUAGCUUCAGUAAUAAAACCUACCCCUCUAAUAGCCUCAGUUAUGAAACCUACCCCUCUAAAAGCCUCAGUUAUGAAACCUACCCCUCUAAUAGCCUCAGUUAUGAAACCUACCCCUCUAAAAGCCUCAGUUAUGAAACCUACCCCUCUAAUAGCCUCAGUUAUGAAACCUACCACUCUAAUAGCCUCAGUUAUGAAACAUACCCCUCUAAAAGCCUCAGAUAUAAAACUUACCCCUCUAAUAGCCCCAGUAAUAAAACUUACCCCUCUAAUAGCCUCAGUCUCCUGUUGUUCUAUAUCUGA